AGCGGCAGUUACCACCGCCACCUCCACCCUGUGCUCCACCGUGUCGCUUCCCUCCCGUUGGCCGUCAUGGGCUCCUGCCUCUCCUCCGAGGCCCCCGCCGCCGGCGAUGGCCCAGCGGCGUGGCGGAAGCGGCGCCACGGGAGCCGGGAGGGCGCGGCCGCCGGCGCCGGCGCCGCCGGCGGCGGUGGGAAGAAGCUGCCCGGAGGAGCGGGGGAGAUGACGGAGGACGAGCUCGCGCGGGUCCCCGGGAGGUUGUGCGGCAAAGGCGCCAGCGCGGUGGCGUGCCUCCACACGCAGCAGGGCCGGAAGGGCACCAACCAGGACGCCAUGGUCGUGUGGGAGAGUUUUAAUUCAAGCGACAGCAUCUUCUGUGGUGUGUUUGAUGGCCAUGGGCCAUACGGUCAUUUUGUUGCAAAGAAAGUUAGAGAUUCACUUCCUGUCAAGUUGCGCACACAAUGGCAAACUAGUGCUAAUGGGGGCUCUAGUCCUCAUCAAAAUGGAAGCAUCAACUCCGAAGAAACAGGGUCUAUUGUUGACGAUGAAUGGGGUGAUGGUGAUGACACUGAAAAGCUCCCUGAGAUGUUUCUUCCACUGAAGCAAUCUUACCUAAAAGCUUUCAAAUUGAUGGACAAGGAACUCAAGCUGCAUCCCACAGUUGACUGUUUCUGCAGUGGAUCUACGGCAGUAACAUUGGUGAAACAGGGAUUGGACCUUGUAAUCGGAAAUCUUGGGGACUCAAGAGCAAUUAUGGGGACAAGAGACGCCUCUAACAAUCUAACUGCUCUGCAACUCACAGUUGAUUUGAAGCCUAACCUUCCCAGGGAAGCUGCGAGGAUACAACAAUGUAAAGGACGGGUCUUUGCUCUUCAGGAUGAGCCAGAAGUUGCCAGGGUAUGGUUGCCAAAUAAUGACUCUCCUGGAUUGGCAAUGGCAAGAGCCUUCGGGGACUUCUGCCUUAAAGAUUAUGGUUUAAUAUCUGUUCCAGAGAUAUCAUAUCGCCGCCUUACCGAAAAGGAUGAAUUUAUAAUACUAGCCACCGAUGGGGUAUGGGAUGUUCUCUCAAAUAAGGAGGCUGUCGACAUAGUAGCAUCAGCCCCAUCUCGUGCGACAGCAGCCAGGGCCCUUGUUGACUGUGCUGUCAGGUCAUGGAGGUUGAAGUUCCCAACAUCCAAGAGCGAUGACUGUGCUGUUGUCUGCUUAUUCUUGGGUCACGAGAAGUCGGCCGACUCGGUUCAAGGGAGUGAACCCAAUGUGGAGACAGCAGAACCCACCGUGGAGGUUUCCAGUUCCACACAGGAUUCCAGUGCAGGGGUUGACGAAGACAUUGCAGAUGCUGGCAUGCAUGUAUCUAGUGCAGUGCACAUUUCCGAGGCCACGCUGCAGCACUCCACCACGUUAAGGGAGGUCGACGAGAUUGUACCGGUCGACGAACCUACAGCCUCGAAGGAGCCUGGAAGGUGCGGGUCUGCUCGCAGCCUGGCAGAUUGCAUAUCGACAAACGAGGAAGAGGAAUGGUCCGCGCUCGAAGGCGUGACACGGGUGAAUUCCCUCCUGAACCUCCCUAGACUACUGUCGGGCGACAAGCGAUCGACCAGCUGGAGGAAGCGGCGGUGACCGGUGAGGAAGCUCUCCUACAAUUCUUUGCCGAGUUCAGGUGGGGGUUCAUGCAGAGGCGCGGCUCAACCCAGUACUGGCAUUUUCAGCCAGGCGCGUGCAAAAUCCUUUAGUCUCUGGGAAUUUGUUAUAGCUGAUUUUUAGGCUUCCCCAGAUUGUUUUGCCGGCAGGCGCGGGCGUUUCAGAUUGCUUCUUCAUUCUUGUGCCUUUGCCGGGAGGUGUUCCCAGAACCAUUCUUGGGCUUCUCUGUGUCCGUUUGUGCAUAAGGAAGUUUUUGUUCUGUGAGAAGCUUCUUUU